CGUCUUCUCCACCCCCGCCCUACCCCCUUUCACUUCAGCGAUGUAGUCGAGCGGAUCUCUUGAAGUGAGAAAAUAGCUCGAUCUAGAAAGUUACAGGUCCAAUUCUAAGGUGCCUCACGGACCCAUUGCAACAGUUCCGUAGAUCUAACAACUCUAUAGAGCACUGUCACAGCUCCAUACAUCCACUGCAGCGGCUCUGUAGAUACACCGUAACAUAUCCCAGACUAUGCCUUUAUUAUAAGAUGUACUUCAAGCAACAAUAUUCUGAGUUGUUAUAACUUUACAUAACAGAACAUCAAAAAUCAAAGGGAUAUAAUUUGCAGAUUAGAGUAAACCCGAAAAUCACUUCUUUGGCGUUAGUUCAUUCUGAAAUAAAUCGGGGAGUUAUCUAUCUUUGAUCGCCAUCAUAUCUUGAAAUAAAUUGCUGAUUGUUUCAACAGGCCAUGAACUUCAACGCUCACAUCUCGCUGCAAUGUUUCGGAACUAGCUCUGAAGCAACCUUAGACAAACUCUAGACUUGAUUACCAAUAGCUCAUCUGAGCAUUAAGGAAUGAUUCUGGACUAACUCUACAUUCACAAUAUAUUCUUUUUCUAAAAUAUUAGCAAAAAAAAUAAUAACUUGGGUCUCAUAUAGGUUAAAAAGGUUUAACCUAUCCUAGACCUGUUAGCCAACAUUUUUGUUGAACUCUGUAUGGUAAAUUUGAUCGAAGAUAUUUUUUAAUACAAAUUUUAAGCUGUUUCUAAACUAGCUUUGGGUCACUUCCAGGAUACCUCUAAGCUUGCUGGUUGAACUCACGCUACAGAGAGCCAGUGAAACUACUAUGGUUUAUAAAUUGAGAUCCAUGUCCCAUCCUCACGAAAAAGCAAACUGUCAUUUUUUAAUCUGGUUAUUUGUAACAGCUACCAUCCAUUCUAUCUGUGCCUUUGACAUACUAUUGGGACACGAGUUCACAUCCGGGCCUUUCAAACUAAAGGACGAAUCAACGAACAAGAACUGGGGACCGUUUUCUUUCUGGUGGCGCAGUCGGAGGUCGGCGUUGGGGGCGGCCCAGCUACGACAGCAACACAUCAGCAAGACAAAAUAUCUUGAGCUAAUCAGCAAAGCUUCAAAGAAUGACGCUCACGGAAGAGCUAAAAUGCAAGAGUCAGCAUUGCUGCUUGACAAGCCCAACGACAGGCUGACAACCCAGUCCUACUUAAACUCACUCAUCAGGGAUUUGUCAAAGCUGGAGCAGAGAAGGCAGAUCGUAAACCAGCUUCGCCGCCGCAACAACAUUCCCACCUCGCUGAAGAGCUGGAAGAAGAAACCUGCCCGGAAGGCCACGAGGAGCUCUGGGAAGCAUCAACGCGAGUUCGUCCUGAAACAGUCACAACCGCAGACAUUUCAGGCAGCUAUAAUUUUACCAAGCCAAGAUGAUUUUUUGACCGUCGGAGAUAAGCCGUCUGUUUCCGGAAAUGAGUUUUUUGACAGCUUCAUACCUUCUGAAGCCAAUCAGGGCUCGAUGUCAAAUAAAGAGCCAAUGUUCCUGGACGAAAACUUUGGAUUUGGCUCAGAGCCAGCUAGCGAUCCAAUGUUUCUUGACCAGGCCUUGGGAUUUGAAGAUAUCUCCAUCACACCAACUGAGCCGAUUGAUGCUGCGAAUGGAUUCGGUCAGUUCAGUGAUUUAGUGGAUGCCCCAGUUAACAGCAGAGAGCUGAGAAAAGAAGCCACAGAGGGAGAUGGCUGGUUCCUGUCAGAAUCAACUGGAUGCUCGGAUAUAACGUCAAGAGUGUGCACCUCUGACAGUGAGUGCUCGUGUCAUGGCUUCUACACCUGCGUGAUGAGUCGCUGUCGGUUGUUAGAUCAGCAAGGACAGUCUUUUGUUUCAGUGUUAGAUGACAAACAAAAAGUGACAGAGCACUGGCAUGACAGUCCAGUGGUAUUUGACAAGAGAGCUUAGCUGGACGGGGUCAGCAGUAGAGCCAUCCCUCAAGCAUCGUCUAACAAACGUCGUCUUUAAUUUCUUUGUUUCUGUCUUUGUUUACUGGUAUUUUACUUAGUUCUUUGUUGUUUUGUUUUUGUUUGUUUUUAUCUUUGUUUGUUUGUUUAUUCCUGUGUUCAGUUCAUUCUUGCCAACAACCUUUCUGAAGGCCGUUUUCUGCUUGUGUACUGAUAACUCUUCACCUGUCAAUUCACCUGUUAUUUUUGUAGCGGCCAAUUCAAUAUUGAUUAUGUUUUCGUUCGUGUGUCUUGACAUUAAUCUUUGUCUUCAUUACUUUGUCAUUAACGUCUCGCUUGUUUGACAUUAAGGGUCAUAAGGUCACCAGGUUAUAUAACACGCUGGGUUUUUUUUUUUGUCUUUUUUUAUUUUAAUUGCAUCUCCAGAUUUGUUCUUUCAUUAAGUUCUUACUAUUAUCUCCUAAUGUAAACAAUAUAUUUUGACAACUUUUCAUAAUUCUACCGAGCUGGAAUUUUGCAUAUAAAUUCCUGCUUAGUAAUAUCCCAUUUUAGUUAAAUUUCAUAAAGAUCGUCAAUUACUGAUUUUUUUUUUUCAUUUACCAUUAAAGCCCAGUGAUUUCUUGAUUUCAGGGGAACUAAUAAUUAUAUAAAAAAUUUUAAUUACUGAGUGUCAGUAACAUCCCUUUUACAGUGGCGUGGCCAGGGUGGGGAUGGAGAGGUGAAUUUGAUAAAAAAAUGCAUAUGGCCACCCCCAUACUAAGGUUAGACGUAAUAUUUUUUAUGUUUAUUUUAAUGUAUUAUUUGAAAAUAAGUACUGAUUUUUUUAAAGUAUAUUUUUUGUUUGUGUUUAAGUUUAAAUAUAGAAAGUGACUACGUUUAGUGUGUUAUUAUUGGCUGUCACAGUUGGUGAGUGAUGACACUAUAUCAAUAACGUGAGACUCUUUCCAUCCAAUUUAAACGUGAUGUCGAAACAAAGUUCAGGAACACAGACAAAGAAACAAUUGCUUGAAAUAAGUUGAAACAUAAUAUGCAGCAUGAGCGUGUACUGUAGUUUCUACGAGUGUAAAAUUCCCACCUUGGGUCCUGGUCCUUGAUAGAAGUUUAAUAAGUUAUAGUUUUACACUGUCUUGACGAGUAAUACUUGCAUAAGUCAAAACAAUAUGGAAAGACAAAUGCAUAGCCCUCAACACCAAAGUCAGACUGAUGCGCUCCUGGCCACAUUCUUAUAUGCUUGCGAGUCUUGGACGCUGACUGCAGAGCUAGAGAGGAGGAUCCUAGCAAUGGAAUUGAGAUGCUACAGAAGGAUCCUGUGCAUUACAUUUAAAGACUACAUCACAAACGAAGAGAUUAGAGACAGGGUUUCUUCAGCAAUAGGACCCCACGAUGACCUGCUAACUAUUCUAAAAAAAAACCGCAAACUAAAACUAUGGCCAUAUCACAAGUUUUCGGGGCUCGCAAAGACCUUCUUUCAGGGAGCUGUACCAGGAAAAAAGAAGAAGAGGCAGACAGAGAAAGCGAUGGGAAGACACUCUACUAACAUUCUCAGUGGGCAGUGGCCCACUCUCCUUUGUGAACAUGUUGCUGGAGGGGGGUACCUGAGAGAAGGCGGCCGUGCUGCCCUAUGGCGCCUAGCAAGCACAACUCAACUCAAAUUCAGAUCUACAUCGGGAUUUGAACCAUAGGUAACCAAGCUACAGACAUUUGGUUUCAAAAACAAAGUUGGUUGUGGUAGUUGAGAACAAUGGUCCAUGUUAUGUCUAUAUUAUAUAUGUGUUAUGUUAUAAUCUAUUUUAUGUUUAUAUCUAAGUCUAUUUUAUGUUUCUGUUAUGUCUUUAUCUAUAGCCUAUCAUCUUCAUGUUAUGUCUUUUGUAUGUCUAUAACUAAUUUAGGUCAAUGUUAUGUCUAUAUUAUGUCUAUAUUAUGUCUAUGUUAUGUCUAUAUUAUGUGUUGUUUAGGAACGAUGGUCAUCAUACUGUGAUCUGACCCGUCACGUCGACACCGUGUCAUGUUUUGUCUUGUUUGUACUGAAAUCUAGUUCAAUUAAACAGUUUAAUUUUUUAACUCUCC